GUGAGGAGAGCAGUGUGAAGCUCCCUGGGCUGAACCCUAUAACAGUAACGUGAUCUCAUAGGUCCUUCAACUUUCCACGUGAUUCAACAUAAGACCAUUACGUGACGGGAAUAAUAGUAAAGGGAAUGCCGCAAUUUUCAUAAAUUACAGCGUUUGGGAAUGUACUCUAACCGUCAGGGUGUAAUUGAGAGCGUAAUAUUGCCUCGUAGAUCUUAAAUGACCUCAGCCUCGGCACAAUUUCUGACGCUUGCACACUUCCAGCGCGAAGUCCGCGCCGCAUUAGGGUAAUUAGGUUCCCUUUUUAUGAAUAAAAGUGUUCAAAAAUACAGAAUACAUUAGCGAAUUAUUGCCUGAUAUACUUUAUACUUUGUGAACAAAUUGAAAACUACCACGGUGCUUGUUAACCUAUGCAGUGACAGACACGCAAUUUUGGAAAACCGAAUAUUUUUGCGCUGUUAUUUUUCUUCAGUGUUCGUUUUUUCAAUUGUAUGAGGAGACGAAAAUACAUGCCUUACGUCCAAACGGAGUUUCAGUGUGAAGAAUCCAGGGUUACUAGUGUGUAGCGUGUAGCGUGAAGCUAUCGAAGCUAUCCGUGCUGCACGAAGCAGUCGAAAACAUUCGUGCUGCGUGAAGCAGUCGAUGCCAUCCGUGCUGCGUGAAGCAGUCGAAAACAUCGGUGCUUCGUGAAGCAGUAAAAGACAUUAAUGAGGCACGACGUUAGCAAAGGUGCGCGUGUAGCGUGAAGCGAUGACCGCAGCUGCAGCCUGAGGAGGAGUGUCGUCGCCGCUCAGCAGCAUGCAGAUGUCGGCACCACGUGUGGGGCGCUGCACACUACUGCUGCUGUCCACUCUUGCUGCACUGCUGCACUGCGGCUUGGGUCUGCGGGUGACAGCCGUGGAGGUGCCCCGUGUCGUGACGGCCGGCAGUGACGUGCGACUCUCGUGCGCAUACGAGCUCAGCCGUACACGUCCUGACCCACUCUACUCCAUCAAAUGGUACCGCGGCCACGAGCAGUUCUACGAGCUCCUGCCCAGCCGAGCGCAGCCCACCAAGCGCUACAGCUUCCCGGGCAUCGCCGUCGACGUGAGUACCUGCCGCUCUACCAAUCUGCUACUCUACCACACUAACAGCAUGCAGGCCAACAUGACGGUCGUAGAGGUUCCAUCAUGGGGUCCUGUGGUUGUUGGUGUUCGGGACAACGAAGAGGUGGCAGUAGGCCACAUUCUGGGCUUGAGUUGCAGUAUAGCCCUCACUGAGCCACCCGCAACACUGAGCUGGCUCAUCAACGGACAGUCGGCAGCGUCUCACCGCGUGCCGGCACCUGUCGUCCAGACGUACAAACACAUGCACAGGCCUGAGAUUAGAUCAGACGUGCGACUGUACCUGAGCGAGUCUAUGUUCCAACGCGGGGCGCUGAGGCUGACGUGCCGGGCUGUCCUCGAGGACGUCUUCCUGAGGGAGGCGCGUCUCACGCUCCACGACGCCCACAAGCCCAAGCCCGCCGUCUUUGGCUGGUUCUCGUCAGGUUGUGAGGCUCAGAGCAGUCUGCUUACCACCUGCUCCUGCGCUGCUGCUCUGCUACUGCUUACGCUCUGAACACUCUGCUCUGGUCCUAUUCACGCGCGGAACACUCUGCUCUGCUACUCACUCUCUGAACACUCUGCUCUGAUACUCACGCUCUGAACACUCUGCUCUGCUACUCACGCUCUGAACACUCUGCUCUGAUACUCACGCUCUGAGCACUCUGCUCUGCUACUCUUCACCUGCAUAGCUGUCUGCUCUGCUGAAGUUCUAACGACACAGAACACAUAGAAUCUCUCUGCUCGGUAACUCUGUCUGAGAAUGCAGCCAGAGCAGCUGUGUUUAGUAGCUUUGGACGAUAUUAGUUUGUGUAUAAGGGAGCUGGAAAUGUGCAGUUGUACAGGAGACCAGCUGUGAAACAUCAAAACAAUUGUCAGUGCAUAGCUGAGGUGAGUUUAUACUUACAACAGCCGGGACAGAUGGUUACAGCACUGACUUUGUACGGUCAACAUGUGUUGUUUUGUUGAUCAGAGGCUGAGUUCGUGCAAAGUCAUUCAGCGACUCUAUUGACAAAUAAUUACCAUAGUAGAGUACAGAAGCUCUACAAGUUUAAAUGUCGUCGUCGAUGAAUUUUAUCAGGAUGUGCCCCAUUAAUCAGGAUUUAUCAGGAUGUGUCCCAAAAUGUAUGAUUUUCAAAUCUACGACCAUCGUGGGUGUCUUUACUCCUGAAUACCUACGACGUUGAGCUUGAUGCAAUAUGUCGGUCGUCAUUCGAUACGGUAAUCGUUUGACGGGUUGAGUAACAGCGGUAAUGUAGGGCCUGAAGAGAGAUUGUAUGGCAACUUUACGUCGUCCUAAUUACUUCUGAGGUUGUGGGGUGGUGGUGUAUUUCCUAGCGCUUCCAUGUACUAUUUUAAUCCCUGUGCUGUAAAGCCAAUGUACAUACCUGCCCCAUACAUGUACAUGUGUGUGCACCCAAAACCAAUUGACAAUAAUAAAUCUUAGCCUAUAUCUAUUGUAACACAUUUCAAACUUUACCUAAUCAAAUCGUAAUAUUCCAAACUUUACCUAUUGCAAUUGUAACCUAUUUCCAAUGUAUCGUUUUUGCCCAAUAACUCAAUUAAAACAGUUAAUAAAGUAUUAAGUCUGACAUCAAAUCAUGUGCUAGUACUCCUAAAAUUCUUACAUUUUUCCCAGGCCCAAGUUUAUGAGUCUUCGUCCCUGAUCCGUCAGUAUAGCUCAAGACCAAAUUGUUCUUGACUGUAGGACUUGUCACGGCAUCGUAACUUGUUGCGAGUGUCCGACUAUUGAUUCAUCAGUUGUAUAAAGAAAGCUCGGGCAACUGUACGUUGAUAAAUCAUGACGUCAUUCCAUGUAUGAUGUAGCAUUUACGGUCUUGUGUGAAGAUGACGGCCAUAUGAACAUUAUACAAUACACAAUGCAAACGCCAGACCAGUAGGUACAAUGUAAUUUCUAGUUUUGUGACCAAUGUCGCUUCUUUAGUGUUUUCAGUUGCGAAAUCCCAGAGAAGCAGUUCCUGUUUUUCUAUUUCUAGAAAAUUAUGUUAACGUGUACAACGUUUAAUCCAUUAAUACGUGCAUUAACAUUUCAAGGCAAUGGAAAAUUAUGCAAAUAAAAUACAACUUUGAAUAAGAUUGCAUUUACGGCACGAGUUGCCUAACUGAUUCAAAUUAGAUAGACUGGUUCUUCAUCUAAAGGAAGAAGACAAAUUUUGACGACAUGAAUGUGCUCUGCACAUAGUCUUGCAUUUAUGAGUAUGAAUGAGUCCUGGGAUUAAUUAACCCACUUGUUGAUGGUGGAUAUAAAAAUGAUUGCUGUGACCCACUGCAUUUGUUGAGGUGGCAUCACAGAUGCCCACCUCUUAUCCUAAGCUUAAGUAGGAGUGUCGGCCACCCCCAUUUUGUGUACAGUAUAUAACAGCGCUUCUCAGCUCCCGGGUCAUGCACAUUGCACAUAUUUUAGCACACAGAAUGGGUCUCCAUAGAAAUAGUUCUAGCCCAAGGAAAAUGCCAACGUAUCGCAAGUUUUGCUGAGUCUCGUAGUUUUUACUUGCCACGUUCAGCACGAAGAAAAACCAAGUUAGUUUUGCUUGUUGCGCCAGUCAUUGUUCGGAAAACACGCUGCCACAGAGUCGCGACUUGACGCGAUCAAGCCCUUAUGUUCAGUUAGUUUCAUGUUCCUUAGCAUAAUAAAGAUGACAAUAUUAUUAGUUAAAAUGCCAAGUGUCCUCCUGUGUAAUAUAUGUGCUAAAAUUAAAUAUUUUAAGCCUCGACGUCGGAGGUUAACGCUUAACACAAGAAGUUUAGUCUUCCAGAGUCGCCCUCCGCGCGAGUUCCAUGGUCACUCAGCCACUCUUAUGAGUCAGCUCCUUGGCCACCCAGCCACUCUCGUUAGUCAGUUCCUUGGCCACUCAGCCACUCUCGUUAGUCAGUUUCUUGACCACUCAGCCACUCUCCUUGGUCCCGCAGCCACUCUCAUGACCUAGAAGCCACUCUCAUCCUCGCAGCCACUCUCAUCCUUGACCACUCAGCCAUUCUAGUGAGUCAGUUCCUUGGUCCCUCAGCCACUCUUAUGAGUCAGUUUCUUGACCACUCAGCCACUCUUAUGAGUCAGUUUCUUGACCACUCAGCCACUCUUAUGAGUCAGUUUCUUGGCCACUCAGCCACUCUCAGGAGUCAAUUCCUUGGUCCAUCAGUCACUCUUAUGAGUCAGUUUCUUGGCCACUCAGCCACUCUCGUGAGUCAGUUCCUUGGUCCCUCAGUCACUCUUAUGAGUCAGUUUCUUGACAACUCAGCCACUCUCAGGAGUCAGUUCCUUGGUCCAUCAGUCACUUAUGGGAAACAGUUCCAUGUUCGUACAACAUUGAACAUUUCCUAGUUCUUCUCAAUGUUCAUACAGCACACGCCGCGGGGGAUUGGUUAUAGCGGAAGGAGAGCUCAAUACAGCAAAGUUUUACAAGGAAUUAUUUAGGCUGUAAUCUGUGUAUUUGCUUCACUCUGCUCACUUAUGAACUUGUGUAUAUUGUGUCUUACCAAAGCGUUACCCUAUCUUAUCUUCAAUCGUUCUGUCCUUAACUUUAACUAUCCCUUUUUCUUAUUUAAACAAGACAGAAGGUGGAAGUUUUGAGCACAUAUUAAUGAGAUUGAAGGAAGGUGUUCAAUUUUCUCGGCUCAGCUGAUAAUGGAAGAUAGUGCAUGCAGUGUAACUUCUCCUUACAAAAUUUGUUCGUGCAAGAACUCAGGCCUCCUUAAUGUCACCUCUUAUACCGUUAUACGUAUAUAUUGUACCUGGAAUAUGGUGAAAAUAAUUAUUCUAUUUUGAGUAGUUUAAUCCAUUUUCCUAUCACAAGGAAAACUUGUAUUUCGGCUGAACUACUUGGUCAAGAAGAAAAUCCGCAUGCCGGUCGCAUGCAAUUUGAUUGCAGUGCCUGCAUGAGGUCGAAAAACGAACCGCGAUCGUACAGCGUAACGCAUUUUUCCGAUCUUAUAAUUUGUAUAUCGGGAUUCCAAUGUGUCAGGUUAUAAUUUCCUUUAGAUCAAAGGAUUAGUGAUAGCACCACUUCAGGAUAUUCUGAAGUUUUUAGAGCAUAUUAAAAGAGCUUCAAACAAUUGAAGUUGUACAAUGUCAUGCAUUUUUUCACGAUAAUGGAUGCAAAAUGAAGGAACAAUUGCUGUCGCGCCAGAUAUUGUGUGGCGCCGGGAAGGCUGCGUGCAGAUGGUGACAUGACAGCUCGUUAGUGAGGGUGUCUUGAGGGACGCUUGUCCGAGGGAACUUCAUGGGGCGGAUGAAGAAUCAAAUUAGAUAUUUUUAUUGCCAACACAUAUUCUCUAUUCCAUGUAUGCUUUAGAGCGACUCAAACGUGUUGCCAACACGAAGUUACUUGUUAAUCUCCGCUCGUGAGUGAUUCGGUCGUGUUGCCAACACGGAGCCACUAUCCCGCUUUCGAUUGUGACUCAGUCGUGUCGUCAGUCACAGCUGUUGGUUCCUUCUAGACGGUAAGGUCGUGUACGCUUCAUAUCAAACCCACUUCAUAUCAAGUCGGCGUACAUGUGUGCUCAUUAUGGCACAACGUGAAUAAGAAAUAAUUGCAUUCAUUAUUCAAAGGGAAUUGAUGUUCUUCUAAGAUUUCUUUUGUUUGAAUUUGAUGCCGAUCUAUUGGCUUCAGGGAAGUUGAUGCCUGUCUGUCUGCUUCACUGAAGUUGAUGCCAGGCUAUCUGCUUCACUGAAGUUGAUGCCAGGCUGUCUGCUUCACUGA